AUGGGAAAAUCGGAGCAACUUAGGAAACGCAGAGAAGCAGAACACAAGACCGGCUAGGAACUGUAACGCUUGGGUAUAUGUGUUAUGUGCCGGGCCGGUAAUGCUGAGACACCGGGCUUGGCUCUAGGGAAAGCGGGCACUGUCCUGCCGAGAGGAAGCAUGGCGAGUUUCUCCAGGGCGCCCCAGCAAUGGGCCACUUUUGCUCGAGUGUGGUAUCUCUUAGAUGGGAAGAUGCAGCCCCCUGGGAAACUUGCUGCUUUGGCAUCCACAAAGCUUCAGGGAUUACAUAAACCUGUGUACCAUCCAUUGAGUGACUGUGGGGAUCAUGUUGUCAUAAUGAACACAAGACACAUUGCAUUUUCUGGAAACAAAUGGGAACAGAAAGUAUAUUCCUCACAUACUGGCUAUCCAGGUGGAUUUAGACAAGUAACAGCUGCUCAACUUCACCAGAGGGAUCCAGUGGCAAUUGUAAAACUAGCUAUUUAUGGCAUGCUGCCGAAAAACCUCCACAGAAGAACACUGAUGCAAAGGUUGCAUCUUUUCCCUGAUGAGAAUAUUCCAGAAGAUAUUCUGAAGAAUUUAGUGGAAGAACUACCUCAACCACGAAAAAUACCUAGACGUCUAGAUGAGUACACACAAGAAGAGAUAGAGGCUUUCCCAAGAGUGUGGUCUCCACCUGAAGAUUAUCGGCUAUAGGAGAGUGAAAAUUGCAGAAAAUAACACUACGGUGAUUGAAAUUUCUUUCCGAUGCACUUUUCUAACCUAUAGGACAGUGAUACAUCUGUACAAGUUUAGUACUGGUUAUAAAGUGCUGAAUGUUUAUGGAGAAAGGCCAGGAAGGGAUAUUCCUUCGACAAGAAAUCGUUAGAAGUAUACUGCAGCCAUGCGCCAGGUGACUUUUCAGUCGUACCAGAUGAUGGUCCUGGAAGAUUAUAGUAGGCUUCAUGUAAAUACAUUCUCUGAAGUUCUGUAGCAACGAAACCACCUAAGGACGUGUCUCUCAGGACUUAUCCCCACUAAGCUACAUGCAGCUGUGUUUUAUAGAAUGUUUUACUAUGUAAUCUGAUCUGAAUUGUAUAAUGGUGAUAAGAAAAAAAUUGUUUUCCUUGGCUAACUAUUCAAUUUUGCAUUUAAUAAAAGAGCAAAUUCUGGGUUUA